AUGCCGAAUGCAGGAAUGGGAAGAGGGGACAACUGUAGCUGGAUUGGGCCUGAGAUCCCUCUGUCCUCACAAAUCUUCAGUGCCAUUAAGGAUGAUCUGUGGCUCUUCCUCAUCCCGGCUGGCCUGGCUGUCAUUUUACUAGGGGUGUUCCUGGAGGAAGUGGGCUUCUUCCUGCGCCAUGUUUCCUCAGCCAGACGAAAACGGCUCUACCUGUGGAUAUUAGGAAUGUACCCGGUAUUUGCCUUGACCUCCCUUAUAGCACUGUACGUGCCACGUUCUUCUUCACUGUGUAAUUUCAUCGCUUCACUGUAUCACUCCAUCACCUUGCUGAAGUUCAUGGGAUUGAUCACCGACUUCUUUGGAGGGAAAGCUCGUAUGCUGGCUGCUUUGUCUGGACAGCAGGUGUCUCCAGAUCCUUUCCCAUGUUGCUGCUGCUGCUGUCUCCCAAUGGUAGCCAUCAACAGCAGCAGCCGCGGCUGGAUGAUGGCGGCUGUGCUACAGCUCUCUGUUGUCCGCAGCAUCUUGUUCUUUGUCACUCUGGUCCUGUGGACAGACGAACAGUACGACUACGGUGAUGUGGAUUCAGUCAACCCCAACCUGUAUGUGAACGGCAUCAUAUGCGUGUCAACCUUUGUGUCCUUCUAUGGCCACCUUCUGUUUUACAAAGCCACUAAGAGCGCUUUGCACGGCUAUGGACUGAGAGCCAAGUUCAUCUGCAUCAUCGUAGUGCUGGUGCUGUGUGGACUGCAGAGUGGCAUCUUAGAGACCAUGGGUGCUCUGGAGGUUAUCCCCUGCACACCACCCUUCUCUGUCCUGACCAGGUCCCAGUUGAUAUACCACUACUGUGUGAUUGUGGAGAUGUUCUGCAUUGGCCUGUAUGCCCGCUGCACGUUCCGCAAGGUGGAGCCGAGCGUGGUGGAGGACGUGGAGGUGCCCAUCAGUGUCUGGCAGGCGGAGAAGGCCAUUCAGACGGACGAUGUUCAGGUGAUGCAGCACAAGCCAGGUCUGCUCUCAGAGGAGGCUUGGCCCGCCCGCAGCCUUGUCAGUGCCUCCAAUCCCGGUUACAAUAGUGACAGCGAGGACAGCCUGUGCAGGAUAGAGCAUGCCCCCCUGGAUGGUUUCCCCUUCCCUCAGGCCAGGGGUCAACAGUCGGGCAGACCAGAACUAGUGGAACCCGGGUCUGGAGAGGAACCAACUGUAGAGCUGACCCACAUUACUGUCAGAGCUGAUAUUAACUAUGAGGACUGUAAGGAUGUCACUGUGGUUUGA